UUUUCUUUCCAGCUUCAGGCUUCAUCUCCCAGGAGCAACAGAGAAAUCCGAGUGUGAGAGUGAGGUAACAAGACCAGCGUCCUGCCAGAGCUCUGGAGGACGCCCCUGGCCCCUCCUCGGGGUGAUCCUGGGGGGAAGAGGGCCGGCUGAGCUCCAGCCACCCAGCACUGAGCUCCGAGAGCAGCGCGAAGGAGCGCAUCCUGUGCCCUGGCCAGUGCUACCCAGGCACAGGAGCCACAGCCACAUGAAGCCGGCUGGGGAGGAGGAGCCACGGUGCAGCCAGCCGACUGGGACUGAGACAGGCUCCCCCUCAGAGAGGCGCUGACUCCCAGGGGACCCCCUUCCUCCGGCCUCCUCGAAGUUUUCCAGGGGGGCCCGGUCAUCCUGACUAUCCAGGAUGAUGUUCCUCCAGAUUCUCUGGAUGGGUUUCUUUUGCCACCUGUGUCAGGGCUACUUCGAUGGCCCUCUCUAUCCAGAGAUGUCCAACGGGACCCUGCACCACUACUUCGUGCCCGACGGGGACUAUGAGGAGAACGAUGAUCCGGAGAAGUGCCAGCUGCUCUUCAGGGUGAGUGACCGAAGGCGCUGCUCCCAGGGGGAGGGGAGCCAGGCCAGCAGUCUGCUGAGCCUCACCCUUCGGGAGGAGUUCACUGUGCUGGGCCGCCAGGUGGAGGAUGCUGGGCGCGUCCUGGAAGGCAUCAGUAAGAGCAUCUCCUACGACCUGGACGGGGAAGAGAGCUACAGCAAGUACCUGCGGCGGGAGUCGCACCAGAUCGGGGACGCCUACUCCAACUCCGACAAGUCCCUCACGGAGCUGGAGAGCAAGUUCAGGCAGGGCCAGGAACAGGACAGCCGGCAGGAAAGUCGGCUCAACGACGACUUUUUGGGGAUGCUCGUUCACACCAGGUCCCUGCUGAAGGAAACGCUUGCCAUCUCCGCAGGGCUCAGGGACAAAUACGAGCUGCUGGCCCUCACCAUCAGGAGCCAUGGGACCCGGUUAGGGCGACUGAAAAAUGAGUAUCUUAAAGUGUAGGUGAACGGGCAUGCUGCCAGGGAGAGGGCAUCCCACCAGCCCCCUUGUGCAGGGCAGGAGGUCAGAAAAGGGGGCUACUGUUCCUCUUAGAAUUAAGAUUUUUUUUUAUAUCCAGAUUUGCCCUUGGAGAAUGAUAGACGUCACCUUUAGAAAGACGUGAGAGUUGAAUGGUUUUGGUUUUGUACAUUAUUCAUGUGAUGGCUAUUGAUUUGCCACCUGAGAAGAACAAGUGAAACCAAGCCUCCUGCCUUUCCUCAAGACUUCCUUAGCUCUGCAGAGACACCUGAUGCAGCCAUCUCUAAAGGCACAGUGUUGGUGCAGUAGGAACUAUCUAUCCCCCACAUCCUGCAGAUGAUGCAGCUACACCCAGAAGCCGUAGUGCUUACCUCCCUUCAGCCCUCAGCCUUCUCUUGGGCUCUGGAAGCUGCCAUAGUUGCCUUUUUGCAGAGGAUGACCCAAGCACUACUCCCAUGCCUGCCAGAAGAUGGAAGUUGACCCUUUCUUCUCCCUUUUUCUCUUAUUUAUUAACCAAGGUCUCCAAGGUUCUGUUUUUAAGUAUUUUGUUUUUGUUUCUGGUAAGAGCAUUAUCAAGAAACUAUAUGUAAGUCAUCCCUUCCGGGGAAUCUCGGAGAUGCCUAUAUGGCUGUGUGUAAGUUAGUGGCCACAUUUCCAUCUAAGCAAGUGGUGGUCAUCCAGUCCUGUUGCUAUGCUGAUUUGUGUUGUCUCUUUUGUAUGUUUAUGCCACCAGUGCUGCAGUUCGUUGCAAACAAGUAGUUUGAACAUACCCUAAAUACCUAUUUAGGUUACCAAUGUAUUAUUUCUUGUUUGGGGGUUUUGCUUCUGUUUGCUUAUUGGAGACUUGUAUUUCAAGUAGAGGGGAUUCCAAUUCUAAUAACUCAUUCACUAAGUUUUAUUAUUCUGCCAAUAAAUAUAUUCUCUUAUAG